UUCAAGAUGGCGGAUAUUCGAGAGAGACUCGAAAGACGAAACGAAGAGCGAUUGGCAGCGAUUGAGAAGCGUAAAGCUGAUAAAGAAAGCAAAGAACAACCAUCAGAAAAUGUAGAGUACAUCACUUCUACUUUCUCUAAAGAAAAGAGUGAUAUUGAGGAGCAGCUAGGCAAAAGGGCUACUUCAAUCGAAGCUGGGAAUAAACUAAAGGCGGGUGAAUUCUUUGAUAUGCUGUCAGACAAGUGCCAGAAACUUCAAAAAUUCGUGGCGGACUCUGCAAUGUUUUUGCCUUCUCGUGAUAUACAAGUUUUACAGGAAACCGUAAAGGCUUUACAGCAGGAUAUUACUGAGAAGAGGGAGGAAUAUCUGCCCAAGAAAAAGUUUACUUUCAAGGCGAGAAAAAAGGAAACAUUUAAUAAGGUUAGUAAGAGGGUGAGUUGGGUGGGGGUCGAAGUGCCUUAAUAUCAUGAUAAAUCAUUAUAAAGUUACAUAGGUAAGCUCUCAAGGUUCCUUUUACUUAACCUUUUGACCUUAAAGUGUGACCAGUGUCUAAUUUCUCCUGACAAUAUCACCUCUGGAAUCACACAUAAAGGUCAUGAGAAUAAAGGAAAUGAUCACCAACUAAAGAAGCUCUUGGUUGUUGAAUCUUUAAUCUUUAAUACAAAUUCCAUGUCAAUAAGACUGAACAAGUCAAUUCAAUCAAUUUGAGGACAGCCUAAAACAGAAUACAAGAUUCCUUAAAAUAAGCCACCUUAUUUAUUUACCUAGUUUAAAAAUUUAAUGUCAAAGACUAAUUACAAAAGAAAAAAAUUCCAAACUUACGAUAUGAUAGAAAUAAGAUAAUUCUGAUAAAAAAUUGGCACUGAACUUAUCAUAAAUUAAAAUAAUUAAACAAUUUCUUACAAAAGACAUGCAAGGUGUUAGACUCCCUAAUGUUGAGAGGUAGUUAAUUCCAUGCGCGACAAACCUGUGUAAAAAAUUAAUUCUUAAAAUUUUCUGUUCGACUGACAUGAAGUGUCAAAUAAUCAACAUUUCUCAAAAGCUUGUUACCAGAACGAAACAAUACAAAGUAAAAAAUAUCGAAAUCAUGUAUAUUCUGAAAACAUUUAAAAAAGAAUACUAAAUCAUUAAUUUCCCUUUGAUUAUGUAAAGGUAAUAAAUUUAAUUUAAUAAAGCACUAUUCUUAGCCCCUUAAGAAAUGCAUAGAGAACAGUAGGCAAAAUAUGCAUCUUGACAUUAUAAGGUCUGUGUGAUAGUGUCUAGGAGACAAGGUGGCCUGACAGUUAUAUUUAGCUGUGUUCUGAGGCAAGACAAUUUACUCUCGCAGGGCUUCUCAUAACCCAGGAGUUUAAAUUUACUGGUAAACUGUUAGUGAAACCUGUUUAAAUGUUGGUUGGGGAAGGGGAUGGGUUGAACUACCAUCCCAUUCAGGAAGGGGGGGGGGCUAAUGAUACUUAUAAAAGCUUCAUGCAUCAGCAACAGGGAGGGGGGGGAGGGCUUGUAAUACUCCUGGUUGCUUCAUGCAACAAUAACCAGGAUAAGCUCCGGCCAAAUGAGCCACUCAGUUCUAUUGCUGACUUAAACCUUUACUCUGGAAUAAGGUCAUUCCUUGGUACUGCUAAGUGCUUCUUUGACCCUUCACAUCCUUACAUCAAUAUGUAUAUUCUCCAUAUUGCUCUUAUACUUUUUCUAUUGUAUUGACAAGGAGAGUUUGUUUGAAAAUCAUGAGCUUCUUUAGUUUGCAAUCAUUUCCCAUAUUCUCAUGACUUUAACAUUUGAUGCAACAGUGAUGCUGUAAUGAGAAAUUAGAUCCCAAUCACUUAUAGGGGUUAGAGGGUUAAUGCGCAUAAUUUUAUCCUUAUUUUGCAUGGUUAUGUGAAAAGAGGAAGUUUUCCUUUUUUUGCUUCACCUCACUAGGGAGGUAAUUUGUAUUCUUCUUCUAAAUGAGUCAGGUAACUUAUUCUCCCACUUUUUGAUCUGUUUGUCAGGACGGACCUCUCAGUCAAGAGACAAAGAACAAAGAGCUUCCUUUACCAGCAACAGAAAAGAAGCUUUUAGAUUCCUGUCUAGGUUUUCAAGGAGUUGCAGAUCAAACACUAACCAUGAAUCAGUCACAGGUCAAAAAUCAAGACAUCACUCUUAGAGAUCUUCAAAACUGCACUGUAAUUAUUUAUGGUCCACCAUCUGCAUUGCAUAUGAACAAACUGACAAGGAGUACAGUCUUAUGUGGACCUGUGUCAGGAGCAGUAUUCAUUGAAGACUGUGCAAAAUGCAAUUUUGUCUUUCCUUGUCAUCAGCUGCGAGUUCAUAGCACAACUGACAGCAAGUUUUAUCUUCAUGUCACUAGUAGAGCUAUUGUUGAGGACUGUUCCAAUGUAGGUUUUGCUCCUUUUAACUGGGAUUAUGAAAAUAUGCAGAGUGAUUUUAAGUUGGCAGGGCUUGAUCCUUUAGAAAAUAACUGGUCUCUUGUCAAUGAUUUUAACUGGUUGAAAACUGAUGAGCCUUCUCCCAAUUGGUUCAUAAUAAGGGAGGAUCAGCGCGUAAACAAGUGGAUCAUGUAA